UUUAUUUAUUUAUUUAUUUCCCCCCAGAGCACAACAAAUCACACUCAGAAACUCUCCGUGCUGCAUGACCUGCCUUUUGAACUUAUGAAACAUGCUGUAACUUGCUGUAGGAUCUACAGUGCCGUCGUCUAUACGAGACAAAGUCAAGCCAGAAUCUGUUCUACCUGAAUGAACCACGUUUUAGAGUUCAAUGCAAUACAGAGACGCCUGCCUUGACCUAAGUGAAGUUAAGCAUCACGUAUUAAUUCAUGUGAACAAUAGGCAUGAUUUCUUUCUGUGAUAGGCUAUUUAUUUAUAGGGGGCUUGGGUUCAAUUUGUGUGUGUGUGUGUGUGUGUGUGUGUGUGUGUGUGUGUGUUUUCUUUCUUUCCUUCCUUCUUCUUUUGGUCAUUCCUGUGAUAACAUUUCCAAAACCAGGAAUACUUUCCCUACUUUAACGUUUAAUAAUAUUGAUAUGCUGUGUAUCUAUAUUCACACACGUGCAGUAAAUAUUCUUACUUAAAAAUAACAAAACAAAUAUUACAUUCAGUACAAAUGAGGUUUUCCAUGUGAUCCAUGUAAGUAACAGAAUGGUCAAAAUGUGUAUGUUAAGAAUAUCAAACUGAUGUGUGUGUGAUAUAAACUUCCCACUAGGAUGUUUUCAGGUUUGCUGCUGUUUGUUUUCAUCUUUGCGUUUUUCCUCCACUCUUUGGAACCUGUAAAACUUUUGCAUCUAAUUACAUAUGCAAGCUUAUGAAAGUAAGAAAAAAUAAAUAAACAAAUCUCAGCGCGAUGCUUUUGCACACUUCCCCAAUUAGGGCACGGAUCGACGUCAAUUUGCUAUAAUAAGUCGAGCUGUGCGCGGUACUGCCGGCUCAGUGCAAGGCGCGCGCACUGCCGCUUCAUUAACGGGCGCGCUGUAAUCACGGGGUAGUAAUUAAAAAAAAAAAAAAACACACACCCAACAACUUUGGCUCGCUUUUAAGCAGACGAGUGUAUCAGCGUGAUGCACCUGCAGCACUGCACUUCGCCAUCGGCCAGAAAUGCGGCCAGCGACUUUCCUGAGGAGUUGUUCGCCGAGCACCACCCCGCGCCGUCCUCCGGCGCCGCCCCAGGGAACCACCCGGCUCUAACAAAACUCCCCGUCGAGCUGACCAGCGAAGGAGACGAGAGGAGCGAGCUCGCGCCCGCGCGCGACACCGCCACUGGGUCCGACGCGCAGCGCCCUUUGGAUGGGAACCACGCGGAGAAGCGACACGUGCCUGAGCCGAGCCGAGCGCGCACGAACGCCUCCAUCUCCUCCUCGUCCUCCGCGACCAUGUUCUCAUACGCGGCGCAGCACGGACACACGCUGCCGCAUUUCUCUAUCACCAAUCCGGGUCACUUCGUGGCGCAUCACGCCGUCAUUCCGAACGGGUCUUACGACGGGGUUCUGUCCGGCGCGCCUAGACAGAACUACACGAGCGCCGGGUAUCCAUACGCGCAGGCGUACAGUCAGGCGUACCAGAGCGGCGCGUUGUACCCGCUCUCCCCUGCGCACGCGGGACUCAUGGCCGCCAAAGCGCAAGUGUAUCUCUGCAACCGCGCGCUCUGGCUCAAAUUUCACCGGCACCAGACCGAGAUGAUCAUCACCAAACAAGGGCGACGCAUGUUUCCGUUCCUAAGCUUCAACAUUUCCGGACUCGACCCGACGGCUCAUUAUAAUAUUUUCGUGGACGUUAUUCUGGCGGAUCCGAACCACUGGCGUUUCCAGGGAGGAAAGUGGGUUCCGUGCGGAAAAGCGGAUACGAAUGUAACAGGAAACAGAGUGUACAUGCACCCGGACUCUCCAAACACAGGAGCGCACUGGAUGCGUCAGGAGAUUUCAUUUGGUAAACUGAAGUUAACAAACAACAAAGGUGCUUCAAACAACAGUGGACAGAUGGUCGUCCUCCAGUCGCUGCAUAAGUACCAGCCUCGGGUGCACUUGGUCGAGGUGAAUGAAGACGGGACAGAAGACUCGAGCCGGACAGACCGUGUUCACACGCUCACCUUCCCGGAAACGCAGUUCAUAGCGGUCACUGCAUACCAGAACACGGAUAUCACCCAGUUGAAAAUCGACCAUAAUCCGUUCGCUAAAGGAUUCCGGGAUAAUUAUGACACGAUUUACACAGCCUGUGACAGUGAGCGCCUGAGCCCAUCUUCUGCUGACUCCCAGCGCGCGCAGCUGAUGCCGGCCAGGUACGCGGCGGCGAGCUCCCUCCUUCACGAGCAGUUCGUCGGCCAUUAUCCGGGUCCAGGAGGGAGCGUGGAGCGCGCGCUCCCGUUCUCUAACAGCCUGGUAGGCACGGAGCAAGCCGAGGACAGAUGGUUUAACAACAGAUUAGAUUUUCCUGCCUCGACUUACGACGCGGCUGAUCUGACUGGCAGCCUGCCCUCCUUGCUGCCCUAUCCAGCCGCUCCAGGGGUCAAAGGUCAGACGCUUUCCGCUACCCCGACUUCUGGUCGCGCGCUUAGUGGCUACUGCGCCACGCAGGCCGGCUGGGAGUCGCGCGGUGCGGGUCUGCCGAGCUGGAUCACGGAGAGCAGCUUUGAGCGCGCGUACCUGUCCGAAGACGGGAGCACGGAGAAGGACGCAACCGCACCGGAAGUGUCCGACGCGAACAAGGACAAGGACGCAGCGGAUUCGGGCUGGACAGAAACCCCGUCUUCGGUGAAAUCAGUCGAUUCAGGCGACUCGGGGAUUUUUGAGCAGGCCAAAAGGAAGAGGAUGUCGCCCCCGGUUUCUGAGGAGCACUCCCCGCUCAAAACGGACCUCCUUAACGCACACGACGGAGCCCGGAAUAUGAACUACUUCACUUUUUAUUCCCAGAGUUAAACACAGACACCAUGUGGGAUGGAUCAUCUUUACCUGCUUAUUUAUUUUUUUCUGUAGGCCUAUUUACUUAUGUUUGUUUGUUUGUUUGUUUAGUUAUUUAG